AUGUCAUUCAGUCGUGUAGUACGUCUCGGCUGUUGCGUCACUGGCACAGCGUUAUUCGGGGCUGAAGCAGCAUGGUCCGCCGAUUGGAGUAAAGGUGAUCAGGCUCUACCAUUUUUCGACCAGUUGAAAAGUUUAGCAGCCAGCAUCAAUAAAAGAUUUCCACCAAUACUAAGUGCUCGUGCUAUCUGUAGUGAAAAUAUCAGUAUAAAGCCAUGGAACUGGGACUGGGACGGAAGGAAUCCCCCUAAUAUUAGGACGGAUGCCUCUUUACAGAAUGAAAUAGUGACACCAAAACCAAAGUGUACACGACACCUUCUAUUUAUUCGCCAUGGCCAAUAUCAUUAUGCGAAAGAAGAUUCUGACUGUCACCUGACAGGGCUUGGACGCCAGCAACUGGAAUGUACUGGAAUGCGUUUACGAGAACUCAAUUUCCCAUAUAGGAAAUUAUACUACUCCACGAUGACGCGUGCUGUCGAAUCAGCUGAGUUGGUGUUAAAUCACCUUCCCGAUGUUCAGGCAGAACCAUCAGACGCAUUACGCGAGGGUGCUCCUUACGUUCUGGAACCACCCCUCGUAUAUUACCAACCCACACCAAAAGACAUAGAAGAAGACGGCUCCCGCAUUGAACUUGCAUUCCAAAGACAUAUACACCGUGCAGAUGUGAAACAAGAAGCCGACACAUAUGAAGUAGCUCUACAGUUUCCACCUGAAGCUUGGAUAAGGUUUUCCCUUGAUCACGGCAGUAUAACGUGGCUUGUCGUCCGGCCUGAUGGGCGCGUUACGCUGAGAUGGUUAGGAAACUCAGGACAUAUGCCCCCCGAACUCAUUUCCGUCCAGUAA